AUGGUGCCAUUGCACCAUCCUCAAAGGAGACUGUCAGUGCUGACCAGGAAGCACGGAGGGGAGCCGGAGACACAGUACAACAGAAGGACAGACCUACCAGGACAACAUGAAGAGUGCAGCCAAGCCCUGGAGCCCUGUCAUCAAGGCGGGGAGCCAUGCCACAGACCGCACACGGCCUCUUCCUACAGUUUCUUCUGGCAUGAAGACUUCUAAAUCUUCAACCUCAUUGGCCUUUGAAUCUCGGCUGAGCAAGCUCAAGAGGGCCAGCAGUGAGGACAUGCUCAACAAACCAGGAUGCUCCUCCACUUCUGGAGUGACUCGACUAAAGAAGACGCCCACCUCUGGAGCCAUCUCUGAGCUCACCGAGAGCCGUCUGCGCAGCAGCUCAGGGGUUGUGGCCACAACCAAACGGACUGGCAUUCCAGCUCCUCGAGAACUUGCAGUUACUGUCUCAAGAGAGAGAACUGUGCCACGAGGUUCCUCCAACCCAAGGAAAUUGGUGUCCAGCCCAACUUCUUCCAGCACACCCACACCUGUCAAGCAUCUGAGGACCGCUUCCACAAGACCCAAGCAAGAGAAUGAAGGUGGAGAAAAGGCCGUGCUGGAGUCACAAGUUCGGGAGCUUUUGGCAGAAGCCAAAGCAAAAGAUAGUGAAAUUAACAGGCUUCGAAGUGAGCUAAAGAAGUACAAGGAAAAAAGGUCUCCAAAUACUGAAGUAACUAAUACUGUAAACCCAAAUGUAGGUGGAACAUCAUUCUCAUCAGGUGACUCAGAGUCUUUGGUAAGAGCUUUGGAAGACAAGAACAAGAAUUUUGAGAAAGAGCUUGCUGAACUAGAGGAAGAAAACAGAGUCUUGAAGGAGAAACUCACUUAUCUUGAGCACUCACCCAAUUCUGAACCAAGUCACACUGGUGAUAGCAGCUGCCCAACCUCCAUUACUCAAGAAUCCAGCUUUGGAAGUCCAACUGAAAAUCAGCUGUCAAGCGAAGUGGAAGAGUUUAAGAAAAAUAUACAUGGAAAUGCAUUACGGAAGUCAGGUUCUUCAAGUAGUGAUGUUACCAAAGCUUCCUUAUCACCCGAUGCCUCUGAUUUUGAGCACAUCUCAGCAGAUACCCCCUCCCGGCCCCUAUCUUCCACUAGUAACCCCUUUAAGAGCUCAAGGUGUUCUACUACAGGGAGUUCUCCUAACAAUGUGAGUGAAUUGUCCCUGGCAUCCCUUACAGAGAAGAUUCAAAAGAUGGAAGAAAAUCAUCACAGCACAGCAGAAGAGCUGCAGGCUACUUUGCAAGAAUUGUCAGACCAGCAGCAAAUGGUGCAGGAAUUGACAGCUGAAAAUGAGAAGCUGGUGGAUGAGAAAACUCUUUUGGAAACUUCCUUUCAUCAGCAUCGAGAGAGGGCAGAGCACUUAAGUCAAGAAAAUGAGAAACUGAUAAAUCUUUUACAAGAACGAGCAAAGAAUGAAGAGUCCAGUGCUCAAGAAGGAAAAAUUCUUGAACUGGAGCAGAAGUGCAAAGAAAUUCUUGAACAGGGUCGCUUUGAAAGGGAGAAGCUACUCAACAUUCAGCAGCAGCUUACCUGUAGCUUACGGAAGGUUGAGGAAGAAAACCAAGGAGCUUUAGAAAUGAUUAAGCACCUGAAGGAAGAAAAUGAAAAGCUGAAUGGGUUUCUAGAACUAGAAAGGAGUAAUAAGAGUGUCAUGGCCAAGACUUUGGAAGAAUGUAAAGUUACCUUGGAAGGACUGAAGAUUGAAAAUGGAUCUUUGAAAGCUCAUUUGGAGAAUGAGAAGCAAAAAGCUGGAGAGACCUGUCCCACAGGGCCAGUAGCAGAAGGAUGUGAAGUUCAAGAGAUGUUGAAACUAGCUCAAGCUGAAAAAGAUCAGCUGGAACAGUCUUGCUCUGAGCUUAAACAAGAGUUACUAACAGCAAAUGGGGAAAUUAAUCGUGUUUCAAAUCUACUAGCCAAGGUAGAAAAGGAUUAUUCUUAUCUGAAGGAUAUAUGUGACCAUCAAGCAGAACAGCUGAGUAGAACCAGCCUAAAACUGCAAGAGAAAGCAUCAGAGAGUGAUGCAGAGAUAAAAGACAUGAAGGAAACCAUAUUUGAAUUGGAAGACCAGGUGGAACAGCACCGGGCUGUCAAAUUACAUAAUAAUCAGCUCAUCAGUGAGCUAGAAAGCAGUGUGAUAAAGCUGGAGGAACAGAAGUCAGACCUGGAGAGGCAGCUAAAGACUCUAACAAAGCAGAUAAAGGAGGAGACUGAGGAGUGGAGGCGCUUUCAGGCCGACCUGCAGACUGCAGUGGUGGUAGCCAAUGACAUCAAGUGUGAGGCCCAACAGGAGCUCCGCACCGUGAAGAGGAGGCUGCUAGAGGAAGAGGAGAAGAAUGCCCGGCUGCAGAAGGAGCUGGGGGACAUGCAGAGUCUUGGCAGCUCCAUGAUUUCUGUCAGCUAGCAGAGCAUUUGAUGGAAGAAAGUCAGCCAAGCCCUUGCCAUGAUUGGAAACAACAGCCAUUUCUGUAUAAAGGGGAAUAAUGUAGAGGAGAAAGUACCUCUGUUUUAUAAAUAGCCAGAUUCUUUCUUUCUAACAUUCACUGUUACACACAGAGUGGUUGCCAACAAAUUUUUCUGUCCCUUUUCCCCUACUCAUUGUAUGAUGGUCAGAGAUGAUCCUUCCCUCCAUUUUUUUUUUCUUGAGAAGAUUCAAGUCUUUUAUUUGGACCAUAAAAUGAAGUUGUUUUGGAAACACAAGGGGUACAAGUUGAUUGUGAAAAAAUUUUUAUAUCCAACUAGAAUGUUCACAGCAGUCAGUCACAUAGAAUAUUCUAAUUCAAAGCAACCCAGGCUGUGCUUAGUUUACAGAGUUUAUUUUUAUGCUAUUUUGGUGAUUAUGUUAUUUGAUAACCUUGGAGUUAACACUACCUAAGGCAAAAUGGGAAGCUCUCUGUGAACUACCUUUUUGGGAGCCAGUUAGAAAGUACUUCCUUUAUAACCAGGCUUGAUCAAAACUUUUCAAGCCAGAAGUGAACUUUUAUUACCUUACCUGAAGUAAGUUAUCAUUAAGAUUUGAUUUGAUUUCCAUAAAUCUCUAUUGUGCUCACCCUAAAUAAAUGUAAAUAUGUUGACAAACAUGCACAGUAACAAUGUUAAUUGGAAUCUAACUGAAAACUAAUGAACGAUCACUACAACAAAAGUCUCGUGAAUAAAACUUACCCUGGAAAUGUAGAAGACUUAAGACCUGGGCGUGUCACUUGAUGGCAGAGCACAUGAUUUGUGUGCAUUAGACCUGGGUUUGAUCAUCGGCACUACAGAAGAAGAAAAAAGAGGAAGAAAAGGCUUCAAAACAACACAUGUAUAAUUCAAAGUAUGGUUUUAAGUAUUUGGAAGUGCUUAUGUGUGUGAAGAAUAUCUGUCUCCAGGCUUCGACCUCCAUUGGGCAAACCUGUUUCAGUGCUCUACUGAGGAGCUAGUGUGCAGCGUAGGUGACACUGGACUCCUAGAUGCAUUUUAAAGCAGAUAUGUCAGAAUUAUUAUCUGCUAUGAGGAAAGUCAGCAGCAGGAAUUCUCUUUAACUCAGGGGGACUUUCAGGGUAUCUGACUGGAGAACACAGAAUCACUGGAAAAACUUAGCCACAUGAGGAAGAUAAGAGAUGUUGGCACCUUCUCUGUAAAAGUAGUUUAUAUAUUUGCUGGAAUUGUCGAAGCAGGAUAGGUAUUUAUAUGAUAUACUAUGAGAUCUUUACCUCUAAUCAAGAAUUUCUAGGAGAAUUUAGAAUUCACCUGCCAGGUGUUUUCAAAUAUUAAAACAUAACCUCAACUGAUGCACAGCUGGUUUUGAACCCCAUAUUUUGAUGAGUUUAUUCUGGGUACUAUUGAAUAUUUUUAUAUGUAAUCAUUUAUAAAGUGCUAAGUAAAACAGUUGUUUAGAGGAAUCUGUUGCCUGAUUUUUAAAUCAUAAGCCACAUUUUUUCCCAGAAACUUUUGCAUUGUUUUAUUUAAAAUUUUUCUAGAACAUAUGAGCAACAGAAAAAUAUUGGAGUUUGAGGUAAAAGCAAGGUAGACUUUCAACUGUUCAAGUUGUGAUAGGAGGCCAAUUUUAAAUAUGAAUGGGUUUUUAAAUGAUUUCAUUGUUAGAACAGAACGACAAGAGGCAAAUACUAAUUUUGUGUUAGUUUAAAAGGAAAACUUGAAUAUAAAAACAAAGGAAUUUGAAGUCUAGAUUUGUUGAUGUUUAAAAACAAUUUGAUGGCUUAAUUAAUGUACUGGAAAUUUUAAUUAUCAAGUAAUAUUUAGAUAUACUGGUAACAAAAUGGAGAUAUGUAAGAAAAACUGAUCAUUUUUUCCCCUCUCCAUAUCCACCAGUGGUAAUGUUAUUUUCUUUGCCUGUCUUUUUCCUA